AUGUUUGGACUGGAUUCGGGAUUAAUAUUUCUAUUAAUCCUGUUUGAUUCUAUUAAUUUUUCAGAGACAACAUCACCAAGAUGUAAUAGAACACAUAAGCUACCGCCACUAGCAAUCAUACACAACAGAACGGUCCUUCCUGUAUCUAACAAGCCUAAUUUCGUACCAAAACAUAGAAAGGCUGAUGUAACACCUGAAAAUAAACCAAACAUUACUUCAAAUAAAGAAAAGAAUAAUUUAAAAAAUGGAGAAAAUAAUAAUUUUAAAUUUAAACUAGGAAGAUUAGUACCACUUGGCAAAAGAUUCCCAAAUGGCUCUUAUGCUACUAUUUUAUCUAGUUUUCUUGAUAACUGUGAGCGUAUAAAAGGAGUGAUAGAACUGGAUUUACAAUUCGAGGAGGUUGACUUGUACUACGCUGUAGACUAUUCAAAUUCACCAGUGUUAUCAUACUACCCGGAUGAGACAAAUAAACCUAGUAGGCCCAAGCUUACUUCAAAUGUGUUAUUUAAAGUGAAGAGACCAAACUAUUUUACACUUGUUGGAGACUUCCUUUCAUUAUUCACUCAAGAAGAGUGCAAAGAAGACUGGAAGUACAAUGUGGAUGAACUGAACGCAAACCUCCCAAACGCAGUUGAGGUUUUCAUGGAUCCGAACGCCUGCUCUAACUACGUAUUGGAGCUGAAUAAGCAGGAAAAGGAGGCAAAACUCUCAAAAAUGAAGUUAAAUGAGGUUCUAGAAGCAUUUGAGCCCGGACUUAGCUUCUAUCUCGAUGAUAAAACUGUUCAUAUCCUGAUUCCACCAUCAGAAUCUCUAGUCUACGCCACUAACCAGGGCGGUAACUCGUUCCACGGGACACCAGUGUUCACCACUAAUCCUCCCAUUUACGUCACAACUAAAUCGGAUAAAAAGGGAGGAAGUGAAGAAAGUGAUAAACUGGAUAGGUUCAACAAAGGUGACAGGCUUUUAGUAUUUUUCACUCCAACUGAGGCCAAGGAGUUCUACAAAAAUGUCAGAUGGAGUAAGGGGUACAGUUAUAAGGAUGAAAAAACUGGUAAAACUUACAAGUUCUGGUCAAACUCACCUCCAUUCAGGCCUGAACUGAGAGUCACAAGCCUUGAGAAGAUUUACAAAAAGGUACACAGUUCAGAACCAUUUUGGGGAUAUACCCUUGAAUUUGUUCCACCAACUUUCAAACUGGAGAAAAGAACUGAACUUAUGCUCAAAGAAUCAAACAAAUGGUUCCUGGUACCUUGGUACAAAGUUCAAAAGCUACUAAACAAAGUUUUUAAAAAAUAGCCACUCUAAAUUUUUAAAUAUUGUGAAUUUUUAACAUAUAAAAA